AUGUCCGGUGGCGUGUUGGUGAAAAACCUGCAGUCCCUGAGCCUCGAUUCGGGCAUCGCAGCCAGAUACCGAUCUCUGAGUCAAUCUUCAUCUGAUGUCUUGAGUCCACACCCGCAGGGUCGUCUUGUCUCCUUGGGCAGCAGGAACGAAAGUUGGGACACGGUCAGCACGCUGCCAGAAGACGCGACGGACCUAGUGGCCAAUUAUCCAACCCUACCAGAGCUCGAGGAGUAUCCCUGGACCGAACGGGAGCUGAGAGAAGUCGUGCGUAAAGCGGUCGGUUCUGAUGAGGUGUUCACGGCGGACGCGGUCCUUCGGCUGUCUGUGCUGCUGGGGAGGGCUUUGGUGCGGAUCUCCAGAGAAGCGCAGCGGCUGAGUGAGCUCCACAAGCGGUGCACACGUCAAGAGGUCCAGAGCGCAGUGAGACUGGUGCUGAGCUGGGUUUUGGCCGACAAGUGUAUUUCCUACGCUGUGAAGGCGGUGUCCGUGCACUGCAUGAGCUCCGGGGAUACCGUUCGUCAGCGUGGCAAGUCCGCGAUGUGCGGGUUGUCCCUCUCCGUCGGCCGGUUCUUCAGAUGGAUGGUGGAAACGCGCGUGUCGGUGCGCGUGAACGACUUCGCCGCUCUCUGCAUGACGGCCUGUGUGGAACGUUUGGCGGAAGAGGUGGCGGGACGUGCGGUAACGGGAGCGAGGUUAGUUAAAGAGAUGGCAGGCAGCGUCAUUUGCGUGACCGCCGAGAUGCUGGAGGCGUCCGUCAACAACGACUCGGAGCUGUGGGGGCUGCUGCAGGUCUACGAACAUCUCAUCUGUGGCAAGAAUGCGAGUGGAGAGAUAUCAUUGCCAGCCCAUGUCAAGCCUGACAUAAAGGUUCCUGAGGUAUCCCUUGAAAGCCAGGAAGACACAUAUAUUCAGAUGGAGCUGCGACUCUUGGAACAGGCCUUGCUUGCCACCUGCGUGGGUAGCAUUGCAGAACUCAGUGACUUGGUAUCUCGAGCGAUGCACCACAUACAGCGUCUGCGCAGCUCAACGCCCUCCAUCAGUCCUCCUCGCUCAGCCACUCAGCAUUCAGUCUCAUGGACCAGUGAUUCUCUUCGCACACUUUAUUAUUUCCUGUCCAGCCAGCAGAUGGAAUCACAGGAAAACCCAAAUUUAGAACCUCCUACAAUGAUGUUGACAAGAGAGAGACCAUUUUUGCUGCUUCCGCCACUCAUGGAAUGGAUCCGUGUGGCUCUAGUGCAUGCUGAACAUCGGUGCAGCCCACUAGUUGACAGUGAUGAUGUCAGACAAGCUGCCCGGCAGCUUCUCCCUGGACUGGACUGUGAACCUAGACAGUUUAAGUCAGAUUGUUGUUUCCAGUCUUUAAAGUGCCUGGAUGCAGAAGCUGCAUCAAUCAAGUUCCAGAUGGAUUUAGGCUUUCGAAUGCUGUUGUAUGGAAGAGCAGACUUGAUCCAUAUAGCCAUACAACUUCUUGGUGCUGACGGAGUUGACAGCAUGGAUGAUCAGGGAAUGUCUCCUCUGAUGUAUGCUGCAUCUGCAGGAGAUGAGGCUCUGGUUCAGAUGCUCAUAGAUGCUGGUGUUAACCUGGAUCUGCAGGUCCCCAGCUGUUCUGCCAGACACCCAUCUGUUCACCCCGGCAGUCGACGCUGGGUUGCUCUAACUUUUGCUGUGCUGCACAGUCACCUGUCUGUCACCCAGAUAUUGCUGGAGGCUGGAGCAGAUGUUGAGGGUGGGGUCCUGUUGAAUGGGAGAGAAAGCUCUGCUGAGACACCACUACAGCUUGCUGCUGCUGCAGGUCACUAUGACAUGGUGAGCUUACUGCUCACACAUGGAGCAGAUCCUUUGCUUAAAGUGGAUCAUGGGAGCUCUAUAACAUCACCACUAAAUGAUGAAAUGAAUUGUUUCAGCUGUGCAGCUGCACAUGGACACCGAAACAUUUUGAGGAGACUGCUGUUGCAACCACAGCAAAGGAAGGAGGACGUCCUUUCCCUGGAGGAGAUCCUGGCUGAAGGAGUGCAGGAGACACCAAUUGCAAUGUGCUGUCCCUCUUCUGACAGCUCAAAUGCCAUUUCAAGAGUUUGCAAGGCCCGGAUGAAGGCCCUUCAACAAGCAGCAUAUUACAGCGCUGAGCACGGCUACCUGCAUAUCACAAUGGAGCUACGUGAGAUGGGUGUCCCCUGGAGGCUUCACACCUGGCUGGAGUCCCUGCGCAAAGCUCAACAACUGUCUCGAGAAGAAAUCAUCAUCUCACUCCUCACAGAGUUCCGUUCUAUGAGAAAAGAGGAGUAUACCCCGGAACUCGUGUCCAUGGGCGUUCCACUCCUGUUUGACAUGCUUGAAACCAGCAAGGACUAUGUUAUAACCAAAAGCCUGGCCUCUGUUCUUUCUCAAUGCUACGGUGCUUCUGCCAUUCCUGCCAUCCCACCCAUGGACGUCAGACAGACAACACAGCUUGAUAUUCAUUUCCUGAACAAUAACGAGAUGUCUGAUGUAACAUUCAUGGUGGACGGACGCCCAUUCUUUGCUCACCGGGUGUUGUUGAUGUCAGCUUCUGAACGGUUCCGACACAUGCUCAGUAAAUGCCUUGACAAUGUAAUCGACAUCAGUCAUAUGACCUACAGUACUUUCCAGACGAUGAUGAGAUCUCUCUAUUGUGGGGGGACGGAGGGACUUACUGUCUCAUACUCGGAGGCCAUGAAGCUGUUGCCUGCUGCCAGCUUCUUCCAGCUUAAACGUCUGCAGAGAUGCUGUGAGAUAAAGUUGUCCCAAAGUAUGACUUUGGAUAAUGUCGUUGACAUCUACAUCACCAGCAAGCUCCACAGAGCAACUGAUUUACACAAGUUUUGUGAAGGAUUCUUCCUGAAGAACAUGGAACAGCUAGUGUGUAAGGAGGACUUCCAUCAUCUGCUAUUCUGUAGGGAAGAUCAGGAGCAGUUGCACACAAGGACAGGAACAUGGUCUGGAUUGCACUUGGACCAGAACCAGCCGAGCCUAAUGAGGAAUCUGGAGCUUGCGCUGACGAACAGACUCUAUGCUCUCCACACUGCUUGCCAAGAGUAG